AUGAAACUGUUGCUGAUAGUGACCUGUGCCAGCUUCAUCACAUUCUUCGCCCGAGCACAGCUACGUCAAGUCGGCGGUAAAGAUGUCUCCGUCCGUCAAUACCCGUUCGUUGCCGCAAUCGCUUACACACGACAGCUCGUAGGAAAUGGUGCGAUAAUUACCCCGAACUGGAUUCUAACCUCCGCCAGUGCCGUCUACCACUAUCCGGACAGCGAGUACAGCAUCGCGGUAGGUACGGACGAUUUUCACAGCCCGGCCAAUUGGCAUGAGGUGAGCAAAAUCAUCCGACAUCCGGAGUUUGUCGGAUGGGACAAUAACAUCGCGAUGGUACUGGUGCGUGAUACCGUCAAGUACGGUGACACCGUCAAACCGAUCAACAUUGCUACCAACUCUCCGGACACUGUUGAGGUGACGAUGUUAUCGUACGGGAAGAACGAGCACAGUACGACGCAUCUGCGUGCCGCAACCUAUACCCUGAUCUCGGACAAUGUCGAUUGUGUUGGGCUGCUGAAGGAGAGUGCGGCGAAGGAAAUUAUUUGGCGACAGCACGGUUUCUGUCUGAUACCACCACCCGGUACGGAGCAGGGCCAGUGGUACAACGAUGCCGGUGCACCGCUGGUUGCGCACGGUGAGCUGUACGCGGUGUUUGCGUUAGCGGAGCAUGAGGGCGGACUGAAUGAGGGUUCGGUUGCGAUCCGGGUUGCAAGCUAUCUGGGCUGGAUACAGGCGGUCAUGUUUAGCGGUAGUGAUUUUUUGAAAUAA